AAAUCUCCACCUCUGCGAGCCAACAGCUUAAAAAUCCGUAUCUAUAUUUCUCCUCCAUAAAGCAUUGUAUUUAAAUCUCAAACCCAUGAUUCAGCUGCCGUGUUCAGUAUCAGUUCAUGUUUCCCUGUUUGGUUUCGUUUUAAUGCACUCAAAGGCAGAUAUUCUUCAAGCAGAAAAUUCAGUGUAUGGUCAAAGUUCGCUUGUUGGCAAGACAUGAAACACUUUCAGAUGAGUGGGUAGCGUCAGUGUCACGAUUUCCUAAUAUGAAUGGCAAAAUGUAGCAGUAUUUAUGAGUAAUUAUGAUUGAAUGGGAAAUACACCUCCCACGCAUCAGUUUCGUUUUAAAAGACAAAGGAGGCUUUUUGUCUUGUUUGUUGCUGCCGUCGUUAUCUAUCGAUGGUUAAUAGUUAAAAACUGAAGUUCCCCGUUAAUCUGCGUGUCACAGUUCAGUGUUUUUGCCUUUGGACUCAUCGACCUACUGUCUCACAAAGAAAAUCAUUAGUCAUCUUGCACCAGGACCAAUUUUCCGCAUUACUCCAGUACUAAUUUAAUUGAGCUCUCCUUCCUCUGCCAGCAUGGAGGAUGGCACUGUCUCCCAUGCCUCCCCAGCGGAGAUUUUGGAGCGGAUCUCGGCGCAGCUGGGCUGCAGCCCAGCCUCGGCGGAGUUGGCCGUGCACCUUGACGGCACCGACGAGCUGGGACACCUGCGGGGGCUGUUCCACAUGCCCAAAACCACAGACCUGUCUCCCACUGACCCCGGGCUCGUCCACGGCACGGAGGACUGCGUUUAUCUGGCGGGAAACUCACUCGGGCUGCAGCCAAAGAAAACCAAGGAGUAUCUUGAUGUGGAGUUGGACAAAUGGGCAAAAACUGGAGUUCAUGGCCAUACAGAAGGAAGCCGGCCUUGGGUCUGCGCUGAGAACACUAUAGAAGAAAUGAUGGCUCAUCUUGUUGGAGCUAUGGUUGAGGAGGUGGCUUUGAUGAAUGGCUUGACGGUUAAUUUGCACCUUCUGCUGCUGUCUUUCUACAAACCCACAGCCAGACGGCACAAAAUCCUCAUUGAGGAUAAGGCGUUCCCCUCUGAUUACUACGCCGUGCAGUCCCAGAUACGCCUGCGGGGAUAUGAGCCGCAGCACAGCCUGCUCCUGAUCAGGCCCAGGGAGGGAGAGGACACUCUGCGCACUGAGGACAUCCUGACCACCAUCGAGAAGGAGGGAGAUUCCAUCGCUGUCAUCCUGUUCAGCGCAGUGCAGUAUUACACAGGACAGCUGUUUGACAUGGCCGCCAUCGCCACAGCUGGCCAGGAGAAGGGCUGCCUCGUGGGUUUCGACUGCGCACACGCCGUGGGGAACGUGCCACUGCGGCUGCAUGACUGGGGCGUGGACUUCGCCUGCUGGUGCUCCUACAAGUACGUCAAUUCUGGAGCAGGCGGCUUGGCUGGAGCGUUCAUCCACGAGAAGCACUCGGGCAGCGUCAGGCCAGCGCUGUGGGGCUGGUGGGGGCAUGACCUGAAGUCGCGGUUUCUGAUGGAUAACGAAAUGCAGCUGAUUCCUGGUGUUGGAGGAUACAGACUAUCCAACCAGCCCAUAUUACUAGUGUGCUCCCUCCAGGCCAGUCUAGAGAUCUUCAGCCAGACCAGCAUGCAGGCUCUGAGGAAGAAGUCUGUCCUCCUGACGGGAUACCUGGAAUACCUUCUGAAGCGGAACUUCGGCCACGAGGACGCCGACCCACACAAGGCCCACGUGCGCAUCAUGACGCCCUCGGAUCCGGCUCAACGUGGCUGCCAGCUCUCGCUCUGCUUCUCCGUGCCCGUCACCAACAUCUUCAGGGAGCUGGAGAGGCGGGCGGUCGCUUGCGACAUGAGGGAGCCCGACGUCCUGAGGGUCGCCCCAGUUCCGCUCUACAACUCCUUCCGCGAUGUGCACCGCUUUGUCUGCAUUCUGAGGGAGGCCCUAGCUGUUAGCCAUGGUCAUCCACAGGGGGCGCUGUUGUGAUGGAAGGAGCUGUCACCCUCCCUUCCAGACCAAGCCACAUCUGUGCACAUGGCCACCUGGUACACUGAUAUGAAUGUAACAAUAAUAAUUAUUAAGUGGACUGCGUGAACGGUUCUGCUGUGUCCUGAAGACCCAGUCCAGAUGUGUUAAUGUCACUGUUAAAAUUCCUCUGUAAGAAAACAGAUGAUUUUCAGAAUCAGAAUUAUUAAAAUGGCAGCUUUCUUUCAAAGCGCACAUUUGUGUAGGACGCCUGCUGCUGGCACUGGCUCCCCAGGGAUUCCUUACUCAUGCAUAGUCAAUGCUGUAGACCCCGUUGGCAGACAAUACCCUGGUGCCAAAUUGCCACUGUUCAGCCGAAAUUAGACCCAUUCUUGACAUUAAAAACAUCUAGAAAAAUAAAAACCCAACCUAGCAGAAACUACACGAUCAACCAGCUGCUGUUCUCAAAUAAUGAUGAUAAUUCAGUGUUUUUCAAAUUUUUUUUUUGUCAACCUCUAUGCAAGAAAAUUUCAGAUUUGACCUGAUUGACCCUUGAUUGUAUCUACCAUGUAUAAUGACAUCAGUCACGUUUGAUGUAACUCUACCUAUUCUUAAAUGUUUAAAAAAAGACCACCAAUGUUAAAUGAAAUAUCCAGCUGUUACUGGCCACUUUCUACACUCACCAAAAUGUCACUUCUGUCCACUCAGUUGAGUUGUACUUUACGCAACGAAAAUUGCAGUUAAAAAGAGCAAAAGUUGAUGGUGAAAACUGAACUAUAUUCCACGUUAAGGUGCUUUCAUUUUACAAAUGGGAAUGGACUUGUCUGAAGCCGGUGCUGUUAUUGUGAAAGUUAGCUGCCCUCAGUCUCCGUUUCCCUGAUUCAAAUGAACGUCACUCACUUACUACUGAGUGGUUGGUAACGGUGAGAGUUUUCCCUCUUUAAGCCGAUAUAUCUCAGAGCGCUUCCGGCUUUCCAUAGGUGUGACCUGCCACAUACAUCACCAGAUUGUUCGAGCUGCUUGGGCUGAUGGAUGGCGGCUUGUCAGAAAUGAUCUUCCCUGUCAGCUCCGCAAAAUGUUUUGCCCGGCUGCCAGUCUUGGAAGCAGAGCUGGCUGAAAUGCACUUGAUUUGCUGGGGGCUCUUAGGGGAAGUUUGGCCUCUCUCUCUCGCCAUGAAAACUCAUAAUGGAGACGCCAUUCAGUUAAUUUCCAUCUUCCUGUUUAGCACUGUUUUGUCAGACUGCAUUCUUAUAACAAUGAUUGAUACUGACACCAUGCAGAAUCUGGAAGAAAAGUAAAUAUUUUAGGCAUUUAUCUUUCACUGUUGGUGUUUCGGUAUGAUUUUUAAAUGCCAUUUCCCAGAGCUAUGACGCCUCUAAUUUGAACAAUAUCUCCUGUGCCCAGUUGUUCAAAAAAUUUUAUCUGCAUGAGAAUGAUGCCGAUUAGGAAAUCCCAUGGUUUGCUAACCAGGAUCUGGAUCUUACUUUUUACACCAUUUUUUUCCCAAGGUAACAUUGGAUUGGAUUAUCCAGAUCCAGAUAUUACCAAAUCUGGAUUACCAGUGAUCUAAAAAGGACUACAUAUUGCAAUGUAAGCUACUAGCUAUGUAAAGAACAACAGGUAGAAUAUCUAUUGUGGGAUCACUUUAAGUGUUGUUAUUCGACAAUAGCACAAUAAAAUCAUCAAAAACUUG